AGAAGAAGAAGAAGAAGAAGAAGAAGAAGAAUUUGCAGCUGCUAACCAUCCAUGCUGCUAACCCACCACCGGACCGGUGCUGUUCCUCUUUGGUAAUGGCUUCUCAUUCGGCUCGGUUCGGGCCCUGGCUGCUCGGUCUGGUUCUGCUGGUCUCCACGGUUCCCCCGCUGACGGCCUGGGACGCAGACCUGGAGCUGCUGGACCUGGUGGAGGAAAUCCCGCAGACCUUCUACCAGUUCCUCAACCUGGACCAGGAUGCAUCAGGAGCAGAGAUAAAGAAGGCGUACCGUCGGCUCUCUCUUUCUCUCCAUCCUGACAAAAACAAAGAUGAAAAUGCUGAAACUCAAUUCAGACAGCUGGUGGCCAUCUAUGAAGUUUUAAAGGAUGAGGAGAGACGGCGAAAGUACAACGACAUCCUGGUCAACGGGCUUCCUGACUGGCGGCAGCCUGUUUUCUACUACAGACGGGUGAGGAAGAUGAGCAACAGUGAGCUGGGCUUCCUCCUCUUCCUCAUCCUAACUGUGGGACAUUAUGCCGUCAUCUGGUCCAUCUACCUGGAGAAACAGCUGGACGAGCUUCUGAGUAAGAAGAAGAAAGAGAAGAAGAAGAAACUGAGCUCCAGACCUGCCGAAGAUCUCAGGUGUAUCGCUCAGGACCAUGUGGACAGGAAUCAGGAGCGACCUCAUUGGCAGGACAUCCUUCCCCUGAAGCUGAGUAUCUGGCUCUACCUGUCCGUCAAGAACCUGCCUCAGACUGUCCAGGAAGUAAAGCAGUACUAUGAGGACUACCAGCAGAUGAAGCAGCAGCAGAGGGAGGAAGCUGAAGCUGAAAAGGAAGCUGCUACAAGGGAAAAGAGGCCAAAGGUCAAGAAAGCCAAAACAGAGUUUCCUGUUUAUGAGCAGCCGACAGAGAACCUGAACUACCAGAGUUACGACCAGACCACGUCCAUCGAGGACAUAGAAGACCAGAUGGAUGACUGGCUGCAGCAUGGCAGAGGCGCAAAAAAGAAGGUUGCAGUCUGGACAGAGGACGAGCUGAGUCUCCUGAGCAGGUUGAUGGUUAAAUUCCCAGGAGGUGCUCCAGGGAGAUGGGAGAAGAUCGCUCAUGAACUUGGACGAUCCGUUCCUGAUGUGACAACCAAAGUCAAACAGGUGAAGGACUGUGUCAGCCACACAUCAGGUCUGGUGAAGCUGUCGGAGUUAAAAGCACCUCUUCUUCCUGUGAGGUCACUUCCUGACAGCGCGGUGUCUCAGAGUGUGGGCGGGGCCUGUGAGGAGGAAGAGGAGGAGGAAGAGGAGCCAGCUCCGGCAGUCCGGAGGAGGAAACAGAAGUGUUCCUCAGCAGCAGAACAGGGAGAAGCCAAACUCAGAGGAAAUCGGCAGAGAGAUUUUGAUCCAAGUGUGGUGGAUGAGGAGGAGGCAGAGCCUCAAGAGGACAGAGAGAAAACGAAUCCUAACACAUGGACUCAGAACCAACAGAAACUGCUGGAGCUAGCUCUGCAGCAGUUCCCGCGAGGAACGCCAGAACGCUGGGACCGCAUUGCCAAGGUGGUUCCAGGAAAAACCAAGGAGGAGUGCAUGAUCCGUUACAAGAUGUUGGCAGAACUGGUUCAGAAGAGGAAACAAGUGAAGAGCUGAUGAGUUUGUCCACAAUCAGGUGAUCCGGAGUGGACUGAUCCAGUGUUUUGUCACUUGUUCAGGUGAUUUGUGACCUGUGACCUACUGCUUCAUGUGCCUUAGCUCCGUUCAGCAUGCCGAUCGAUGUGUUUACUGAUCAAUAAACAGUAUUUACAAGUGUUCAGAUGCUUUGUUAAAAAAAUAAAUGAAGUGUUUUGUU